AUGGCGGUCACCGAGCUGGAGAAGCCUAGUCCGUGCGAAGAUCGCGGCGCCGCAGUACCUACCUUUGUCCGGGAUGAUCUCUACGAGGAACGUGACACGGGAGGCGCCGGCAUCGCCGUGUUCGCGACUUCAUGUAUAGCUUCCGGCACCCGCCUAUUCUGCGAGCAGCCGCUGAUAGCGGUGCCGGGCGAGGCGACGCAGCUCGGCGUGUUCCGAGCCGUGGCGGCGCUGCCGGGUCCGGACCAGCAGGCAUACUGGGAAUUGGCUGCCUGCUCCAAGCCGAGCAAGGACCUGGAAUGGAUCACCGAGUUGAGGCAGUCGUCUGGAGAGGACGAGUCCUUCAAUGCCUUGGUCGAGGCGCACGAGCGCGCUUGGUCGAUAUACGAGACGAAUCGUUUCAAUAUGCGUUUCCCCAAUGGGGACCGCAAGUUUGGCGUCUUUUACAAGGCUGCUCGUUUGAACCACUCUUGUUCGCCAAACGUGUUUCAUAGGUAUAACCCCCUCAUCAACCGGUUGACCAUUCAUGCGCUUCGAGAUAUUCAACCCGGCGAGGAGCUCAAUACGUCGUAUAUCGACAUCUGCCACCCUACUGCCACCCGGAGACAGAUCCUCAAGGACUGGGGCUUCAAGUGUCAGUGCUCCGCCUGCGAGAGCAGCGAUAGCCAGCGAGACCUCCUGAGCAAGAGGAUCGAGGACGUCAUGGUCAAGCUGAGGAAGCGCGAGGACAAGGUCAAGUCCAGACCGCACCCAUGGGAGGCCAAGGAGUACUCCCGGUCCAUGGCUCUCAUCGAAAAGGGACUGCGUCUCAUGGAGGAACACGGCAUGUCCGAGACGGACACCUCGGGCUAUCUGCUCUCGCUGGCAGCUACAUAUGGUGCGAGAACUGGUCGUCACGCGGAGGCUACCGAGUGGGCCGAGAAGCUCGUGGACGUGGAGAUGAAGUGUCUUGGGGACGACAGCAACGAGUAUCGGGCCGCCGUGGAGCUGGGCCGACGGAUAAGUGAAGGAUCGUGGUCACCGUUUUGA